AUGGUACACUAUUGGGAAUUGGUGCCAGAAUUUCCUAAGAAAAAGCCCAAGAACACAGCCGUCGUGCUGGGCCCCAAGCUCCGUGGUCUUCAAAAGACGGACGGGGACACGGGGGUUAACGACCUGAGUCAGCCAUUCCCGAGAGAUCAGGCAGCUCCCCCGACCCCCAUGUCGAAAAGGUUGCCCUCAAAAAACCAAAACCCUCAAAGUCCACUUCUCAGGCACCAGGCUCCCAAAAACAUCAGAGAAAGGCAGAACCUCAUUGCCCCUGAAAAGGGCUUUAGGACAGCUCCUAAGCCGAGCCCAGUUGGGCCCAAAGGAGCAACCCCAAAAAGCAGCCACCAGCGGGACCCUCCCACGGAGGUCCCCCAGACUUCCCGGCCCCCAUCAACAAGACCCCCCCAGGGGAGCCCGCCAUACCCCCCGGGACCCCCCACCCCAUCCCCGGUACAAAAAAGUCGAAAGAUGUCACAAGACGAGGAGGUUUUGGGACCCCCCAUGGACGGCACUGCAUUUGACCCUCUUUCUAGGGCAACGACUGUUUGA